UUGUCUCUGCCUGUGGAACUUCGGGAAAUGCUCAACUCCUAUCCCAGCAGAACACAUCCGUGGUCAGCAAAGAGAAACCGCACUUUGAAGAUGAAGCAUCUUCUUGCCCAAUUCCCAUCCAUUUUGGCCAUUUAUUGCUUCUGCCUACUACAGAUUCCCUCCUCAGGAUUUCCUCGACCUUUAGCUGAUCCUCCAGAUGGCUUGGAUAUCGUGAAGCUUGAGCGGCUGGCAUAUUGGGCAACUCUUUCUAGACAACCUAAGGAUAAUCAAGACAUAUACAAAAGGUUUUUAUUUCAUUACUCCAGAACUCAGAAGCCGACGCAUCCGGUUAAAACCGGGUUUCCUCCUGUGAAUUCUCUAAUGCGUCUGGCUGCUAAGCUGGCCAACCAAAGGAUGAAAAGAUUUCGGCAGCGCGAUUCCGGAGCUGCUGCAGAGCAUCUUACCAAGAAGGAUCACACUGCCACCUUGGAAAGACCAUUUUUCCUUUUCAGGCCAAGGAAUGGAGGAAACCUUAACCUUAGCACCUGGUAGGAUCGUCCAAGAAUUCAGCGGCAAAGGGAGACUGGAUCAGAUGAGGCAACUGAGCAUUUGUUUUGAACAAAUAUCAAAUUUCUUUCUGUGAACAGUAUUUAAAGAGAAUUCUCUUGCUCUCUAUUCACUAGAAUAUUCAGUUGUGUAAAAAAUAAAGUAGCAUUGAC